AUGGUGGAGAGUGGUGUGUACAUAUUUUGGCUAGAUGGAACUUUUGAUCCAAAUAAUCAAAAUGACUGUCUUUCUUUUCUUCAUGUGUUACUGGACGUCCUAAGUAAGGAUGAAAAUAUACAAGGAAAUGUUAAUCACUUUUUCAUUGAUGUUGUGGAUGAAAUAGAAUGCAGGGAUUGUAUGACUAAACAAGAGAUUGGUGAACAAAGGGUUCUUGGUGUAAAUUCUCUUACAGAUAUAUCUGAGAAAGUUAACAUGGAUAAUCUGUACGGAGAAGAAUUGUUUGAAAAUGGAGAAUUGGAAUGUUAUGGCUGUAGAAAAAGUAGAAAACUUGUCAAAACUUCAAGAUUGGCCAAUUGUCCGGCGUUGCUGAUGUUUCAGAUACAACGAAUUUUGGAAACUGGAGAUGGUUUUGUUAAAAGAAAUUGCGAAAUAAAAUUUAGUCCAAGGCUUCAUUUAGACAAUGAAAUGCCCAAAUAUGAACUGUUUGCAGUAGUGUACCACAGCGGUGAUUUAGAGGGAGGACAUUACUAUUCAGCAGUGAAACAUGACAAUGACUGGUAUACUUGUGACAACGACCACAUCUGGAAGUGUUUUGAAGAAAAAGAAAUUUUAAAAUUUAGAGAUAUGUAUCUUCUCUUUUAUGAACGUAAAUAG